AUGCCUUCUCAAGUGGCAACAUGCCUGCGCAUUGCGCGGCAGUUCUCUGCUGAUCCGGCCAAGCACCAGCGCUUCCUCGCGCGCACCUUCUCCAGUUCCGUCCAACGCGCCGCGAUCAACAAGGUGUUUGCCUCGGCCGAGGAGGCCACCAAGGACCUGAAGUCAAAUUCGACCCUGCUGGCUGGUGGAUUCGGGCUUUCGGGCGUGCCGGACACUCUGAUCAAUGCCGUUCGUGCUAACUCGUCUAUCUCUGGGUUGACGGUGGUUAGCAACAAUGCUGGUGUGGACGGCUCCGGCCUCGGCCUGCUCCUGCAGUCUAAGCAGAUCAAGAAGAUGAUCGCCAGUUACGUGGGCGAGAACAAGACCUUCGAGCGCAUGUACCUUACCGGCGAGAUCGAGCUUGAGUUGACCCCCCAGGGAACCCUUGCUGAACGCUGCCGCUCUGGUGGUGCCGGCAUUCCCGCCUUCUACACACCUGCGGCCUUUGGCACCGUCGUGCAGACCGGCGACCUGCCUCUGCUUCACAACAGUGACGGCACUGUCGCGCUGUACAGCCAGCCUCGAGACACCAAGGUUUUCGACGGCAAGAGCUAUGUCAUGGAGGAGGCCAUCAAGGGUGACUAUGCCUUCGUUAAGGCCUGGAAGGCCGAUAAACUGGGCAACUGCCAGUUCCGCUAUGCUGCGGCCAACUUCAACGGUGCUAUGGGUCGCAAUGCUAAGAUGACCAUCGUCGAGGCUGAGCACAUUGUCGAGCCCGGCGAGAUCGACCCGGCUGCUAUUCACCUGCCCGGCAUCUACGUCAAGCGCGUGGUUCAGAGUACUACCGAGAAGAAGAUUGAGAAAUACACCUUCGCCAAGGAGGAGGGCGCCGAUACCUCUGCACUGGGCAAGGGUGACACCGCCAACAAGCGUGAGCGUAUUGUUCGCCGCGCUGCUAAGGAGUUCAAGAACGGCAUGUACGCCAACCUGGGCAUCGGCAUGCCUAUGCUCGCUCCCAACUUCGUUGAUCCUUCUGUCGAGGUCACUCUGCAGUCCGAGAAUGGUAUCCUCGGCCUCGGCCCCUACCCCAAGAAGGGCGAGGAGGAUGCCGAUCUGAUCAACGCUGGCAAGGAGACCGUGACCCUUAACCCCGGUGCUUCCUGCUUCGGUAGCGACGAGUCCUUCGGCAUGAUUCGCUCCGGCCGCAUUGACCUGACCAUCCUGGGUGCUAUGCAGGUUAGCGCCAAGGGUGACCUGGCCAACUGGAUGCUCCCCGGCAAGAUCAAGGGCUUCGGCGGUGCUAUGGACUUGGUGUCCAACCCGUCCGCCACCAAGGUCGUUGUGACCAUGGAGCACACCGACAAGAAGGGCAACCCUAAGAUUGUCAAGCAGUGCGAGUUCCCGCUGACCGGCCCCGCCUGCGUUAGCCGCAUUAUCACCGACCUCUGCGUCUUCGACGUUGACUUCACCGACGGUCUUACCUUGGUUGAGAUCGCCGACGGUGUCACCGUCGAGGAGGUCAAGGCUAAGACCGAGGCACCGUUCAAGGUCGCCGACGAUCUGAAGCCUAUGCUGUAA